GGUUGCAUGUUUUGCUAGGCUUUUCUUGGAGACGACGGUCGACGAACGACUGGGAUGUUUUCAAACCAGCAAUGAACGUCAUACAGCCGUAGGGUACGGUUAACGUCCAGCGUUUAGAACAUAUCAGUUUGUAUUGCGUACUAUACGUUUAGUAUCGAGUCCGAAUGAGUUGGCGGAAGCGCAUGAAUCAUUUUAAAGGUGCACGAUGAGCCCGCUGUGCUGUAGCCCUCACAGCUAGUCGGCAGCUGCACCAUGGCCAAACCUGGCAGCGACCGAGAUGGCGCCAUGGUGGACAAGCAGGCGGGAAAGAAGAGCAAGGACAAGCUGUCCCCGUUCACCAAAACGCCAAAGCUGGACCGGAGUGAACUCCUGGGAAAGGAGGCCAAGGCCAAGUCUUCCAUGAAGCGCAAGCUGUCCUUCACCGCCAGCCCGGCCCGCACGGACGAGCGUGACUCGGACACAGAUGACUCAGACCCAGGGCAGACGAGUGAGGCCUGGGCAGAGAGAUUAGUGCCUCCCUGCAGGAUAUACGCAGAUAAAGAUGGAGGCCCCGACAAGAAGAAGGUUAAGAAGGAGUCCGGGGGCAAGAAGUCCCAGUCGUCCACCCUGUUGUUCGGCUACCCUCUCUCCGAACGCAAGCAGAUGGCUCUCCUCAUGCAGAUGACUGCCAACAGCCCAGACUCCACCCCCAGCCACCCGUCGCAGGUCACCCCCGUGCCCAAGAGGGUGGCCAGCAGCAGCGCGUCCAAGCAGAAGGACAAGGUCAACAAGAGGAACGAGCGCGGGGAGACCACGCUGCACCUCGCCGCCAUCCGCGGAGACUCCAAGCUGGUCAAGGAGCUCAUCAGCCUCGGCGCCGACGUCAACGUCAAGGACUUUGCCGGCUGGACGCCGCUUCACGAGGCCUGUAACCUGGGUUACUACGACGUGGCCAAGGUUCUGAUCUCCGCCGGAGCCGAGGUCAACACCCAGGGGCUAGACGAUGACACGCCCCUCCACGACGCCUCCAGCAGCGGACACAAAGAUAUUGUGAAGCUACUCCUACGCCACGGCGGUAAUGCUUUCCAGGCCAACAAGCGUGGGGAGCGGCCCGUGGACGUGGCGGACUCCCAGGAGCUGGAGCAGCUGCUGAAGGGAGAGCUGCCCCUGUCCGACCCGGAGGACAGCUCCUCAGACUCUGAGGACCCGCCGUCCGUCAACCCGUCCAGCGUGGACGACGACCACAUGGAGGAGUCGGACGGAGAGAAGGACUCCGAGGGCAAGCCGUCCGCCCUGAAGGCCUCGCCCUCCGUCUCCGGCCUGGACGAGUACGAGUUCAAGGACGAAGAGGAGGAGGAGGAGGAGGAAGACGAGGAGGAGGAGGAGGAGGAGGAGGAGGAAGAGGAGCCGGCGCUGAACGACCGACACCACUACAGGAGAGAUCUGCGUCAGCGGGAGAAGGAGGAGCGGAACCACGUGACGGCCAAGCCCAGCGCCAAGACGGAUCCCCCGCCCUCCCUCCUCCCUCCUCCUCCUCAAAGUCAAAGAAGCCGAAGGCGACGGCUGCGAGUCCUGCACUGCAGCACUGACUCCUCCGCGGACGAGCUGGACGGCCUCGCCGCUGCCCCCCUGGAGAGGAGGGGGUCCCCCUCAUGCUCCCAGAGCACCGCCGACGCCUUAAAGGCGGAGCCGGCGCGCGUCAAGAAGGACGGCGAGCAGAAGGGCAAGGUGAAGAGGAAGAGCAAAGGACAGAGCAAGAACAAGGAGAACCAGGAGGACGGCGGCGGCGCAAGGGAGAACGGCAAGGGGCCGGUGUUCUCUGCGGCAGCUGGCCGGACGGAGAGCGCCGAGAAGGGGCGCGGCGACGAGGACUCCUUCAAGAUGUCCUUCAGCCCCAAGGACGACUUGUCGGUGCACCUCUUCCACCUGUCCUCGGUCAAGGCGCCCAAGCUCAACCACGGCCUGCUGUCGGACAAGGCGCCCACGCCGCUGAAGCAGGAGAACGCUAAGACCAGCGCGCCGGCGGCCGACGGCCCCGCCGACGCGGUCAAGUACAUCCACUACACGGACGCCGUGGACUACUGCACGACGGAGGGCUCAAGCACCAAGGGCUGCAAGCACAAGGAUGAAGAGGCAAGCACCAGCAGCGGGAGCCCCCCCGGCGGCGCGGUGGCGGUGGACGGCGACGAAGGCAGCCGCAGCCCCUCCAAGGACGGCAGCCUGGGGAACGUCGCUGAGGGGCCCCGACGCGGCGGCGUGGCGGCGGCGAGGAAGACGGACGCCGACGGCAAGGUGGUGAAGAAGCACAAGCUGAAACACAAGGAGAAGGAGAAGCACCGGCGGGACUACGAGGUGGACCGGAGCCGCCACCGGCAGAAGGAGGCCCGGAAGGACGGCCACAGGAAUCUGGAGUUCGACCGCGAGUUCUGGAAAGAGAACUUUUUCAAGAGCGACGAGGCAGAAGAGCCGCCGCCGCCGCCGCCGGCUCCAGGGAAGCGUGAUGGGGAGGGCAGCGACGGCUGCCCGCUGCAGAAAGCCCGAGACGGCUCCCCCGCGAAGGAGGAACGCCCGGCGAAGGACAAGCACGCCGGCCGCCAGGAGAAGCGCUCCCGGGACGAGAAGGAGAAGUCAGUGAAGAAGGAGCGCAAGGAGGACAAGGGGAAGGAGGGGAAGUGGAGCGAGCUGAGUGAGGAGCGGGCCGACGGCCCACGGCUCGGGACGCUUCCCGGCCGAGCCUCCUCAGCAGAGCUCCGCCGUCGCCGCCAAGGAGGGAGGAGAGGAGGAACGCGCUGUGAGCCUCACUCCGGCGGAGCUGGAGCCGCCGCAGGAGCAGCCCGCCCGAGAAAGCCGCCAGGGACCGGGGGCGACAAGAGGCCGCCGGCCAAGGAGCGCGAGGCGGAGCGGGACGGAGGAAAAGGCACCCGGAGAAGAAGGGUCAAGGCGGAGCCGGCGGACCGGCCCGAGCCGCAGGCCUCGACGGAGCGCUGGAAGGAAAAGGAGAAGAGCGGCGCCAGCUCUUCCUCCCACUGCCCCGGGGAUAAAAGCCACAAGGAGAGGGAAAACGAGAAGCUGAGGUCGGCGUCGACGUCCGCCACCAAGAAGCACCAAGAAGAGAGCAGGAAAAACAAGGAGAGGAACUCGGAGAAGCGCAGCGAGCGGGAAAGGCCGGAGAAGGACUACAAUGGCGGGGAGCACCGGGAGAAGGACCGGCCCGGCACGGAGAAGAAGAGCAAACCGACGGAAAAGCCCUCGGAGAACAGUAAACCCGAGCGCUCCAAGGAGAAGGACGGCGACAGGAAGAAGAAAGACAAGAUGAAGGACGGCGCUCCCGGCCCGGGCUCCAACCUCAAGUCCCUCCUCGAGGAGAAGAGGAGCUACAGCUCCGAGAGCUCCAAGUCCGCCUCCCUCAAACCCAAGGAGGAGGUGGCCAGGACGCCGGAGAAGGAGAGGGACCCGUCCGCGAGCGGGACCCUGAUCAGACACCGGGACAAGGACCGGCACCGCCGAGCGCUCCCAGUCCACCAAGCUCAGCCGGGCCAAGCCCGGCGAGGCAGACGCCGAGCGGGUCAAGUCCAAGCCAAGCGACGCCGCCCCCGCCGUCGACGCCGAGCGGGACAAGUCCAAGCCUCGCCGGCGUCCCGCGACGCCCGGCCCAAGGAGAAGAGGCUGGUGAACGACGACCUGAUGCAGACCAGCUUCGAGCGCAUGCUCAGCCUCAAGGACCAGGAGAUCGAGCAGUGGCACCGCAAGCACCUGGAGAAAAUCAAGCAGAAGGAGCGCGAGAGGCUGAAGCAGCGGCCCUCGGUUGGACCCUCCAAGCCCAAGAGCAAGGACAAGGCGGUCAAGACGGCGGACACCUGCCUGAGCAAGGAGCUGCUGCGCUCCAAGAGCUCCGAGGCCGGGGACAGCCAGAGCCGGGACCGGGCCCCCAAGGACGGCACCGGCUCACGGACGCUGUCCCUCGACGGGAAGAGCCUGUGCUCCCUCAGCGCGAAGGUCAUGGCGAGCAUGGACGGCGCGCUGAGCCGGUCGCCGCGGCCCGACGGCGAGCGCUCCGGCGUCAUGUCCCGGUCCGUUUCCAUGGUCUCCGUUGCGAGCUCGGAGGAUUCCUGCCAGGCGGCCGUGCUGACGCCCCGGCCGCCGAGUACGACUCGGACCGUCAACCCCGAGGCGUCGGACUCCCAGCCCCCGCUGCUGCAGUCGUCCCUGGCGUCGCUGCGGGCCGCCCAGUCGCCCUCGGCCCACGACAAAGACUGCGGCGGUCUCCCGGAGGUGCCCCACAGCAGCUGGUCGCCGUUGUCCAACAGACACGAGACCCCUUACCUGAGGGCCAUCCUCGAUGAGGACGCCGGCGCGGCGGCGGAGGACGGGAAAGACGGCGCCGACGCGCCGGAGAACCUCCCUCUGCCCGUUCAGCCCGGAGCGGCCGAGCCCGGAGCGCCGGAGCCCCCGGCAGACCCGGAGGAGGGCUCCAUCGAAGACCACGCCCCACCGCAGCACACCGGGGAUAAGGCGGAGGGCGACGCCUACACGCAGCGGGAGGAGUCCCGGCCCGAGUACUUCCCGGUGUCGCCGGCCUCCUACCGGGAUGCCUCGUACAGAGACGCCCCGGACAAGGAGCCACUCAACUCGGAGUCCAACGUCUCCUCGGCUUGCGGGACCCCACCGAGGGCCCCGGAGCAGAGGCUCCCGUCUUCCUCCGAUGAGCCGGCCCCAAGAGAGCUGUACUGGCCCCUGCUGAACGCGCAUACCGAGGAGGAGAGCGCCGGGGACAGCGGCGCGACGCUCGAGCCGACGGAGCCGUCCUCCUCCUCCGCACUCUCUGCGGACACGUCGGGCCUGACUGACGCCCAGGAGCCGACCCCCUGGCCCUGCCCACAGAGGGACCUCUUCACCGCCACGGAGAGCUCACAGCCCCGAUCCGAGCCCCUGGAGGCCAUGGACGUCGACCGCGAAGAGAAACCGUCUGAAACCGCCAUGGACACGACCACCACCGCCGCUGAAAGAGCCGGAUGGGACGGCGAGGGGAGCGUGUGGGACGGCUGUGAACGGGAGCGGUCGGCCAGCCCCCCCGUGCCCUCCUCGGCCUUCACACACAUUCCUACCUUCGAGGCGGAAGAGCCGGCGGCGGCCCCCGGCAGAGCCAACCCCGAGGCCAGGUGGGCUCCGGAGGAGUCCGACGUAUGUGAGCAGCUCUACAAGAAGUCCAAACUGUCCACCGACGGCAGGGCCGUUGGACGCGGCGCCGCCGGAGAAGGCGGAGCACAGCGCGGCCGGGCCCUCGUCCCCCGGGUUCUACUGCAGGACCCCUGAACACAAGGCCGAGGAGACGCAACGUCGCCCCCCAGACCACCGAGA